AACCCCGUACUGACUUUCUGAAGGGACCCAAGAUGGCUGAGUGCUCACAGGGGGGGUAGUUAGCAAUUAUCUAAGCUACAUGAUGUAAAUGAAAGGCAAAUUACGUUAGCGUGUGAAACAUAACAUUGUGGGAGUUAUACGAUUACAGCUUGUUGAUCGGCCUAAUUUUGGAAUGCAAAUAUACCCAGUAAGGAGAGAGAAGGUUCUCUCCGCGGCCCAGAGCCAGAACAUGGCGGAACACUUGGAAAAGAAAUAGCUAGCCGCUAACGUUAGCUAUCGUAUUAUUAGAGACCCGAUAGGUUAUCUGAAAAGUUGGAGCUACAUUUAACGACACGGGUGUUGGUUCGUACACGGGCAAUAUUGUAACCGGUGCAUGUUUUGUCGUUAAAUUUAAUGUUUUCUUAAGAUGAAUGUAGGUAGGCACUUAGCCGACUAGCUAGCUAACUUGCUAAGUAGCUAGCUAGUUUGCUACGGUAGAUGUUUAGCUAGCUAACGUCGUUAGCAUACAGCAGUUAUCACUGUAGCUCAAGUCACAGGACAUAGCCAGACAGGCAAUCUUACUCUGAUAUUUUCCAAUUCAAACGUAUUUUUCAUUGCAGGUGUAUAAUUGUAAUGUUUAUGUAGUUAACUUCUGGAGGAGAAUGUGUACAGUAGCUACAGCAGCUAGCUGGCAAACUGGUCGGCUACUGUAGACCGCGAGUUGACGCGUCGUUGCCUUUCUAUAGUAUUCGAGAUAAGUUUUGUGGAAGCCAAAUAGCAAACUGUAGCAAACAACGAGUAACGAUCAGUUGUAACUGUUUAGAUAAUUUGACGUUACUGAGAAAGUGGAUCUAAAGUAGUUGAUCUACACACCGCCACCCUACUGCAGUCGGUAGAGUUGGCGCGUUGCGGCGCGAGGUAAAUAAAAGUCGGCGGGGGAAAGCGGUCACGACCAUCUGCCAAGAUGACGGACACCCGCCGCCGAGUCAAAGUUUAUACUCUGAACGAGGAUAGACAGUGGGACGACCGCGGCACGGGACACGUCUCCUCGGGCUAUGUAGAGAGGCUGAAAGGCAUGUCUCUACUGGUCCGAGCCGAGAGCGAUGGUGAGUCAGGUUCCCUGCUGCUGGAGUCGAAGAUCAACCCCAACACAGCCUACCAGAAACAACAGGACACGUUGAUAGUGUGGUCGGAGGCUGAGAACUACGACCUGGCCCUCAGCUUCCAGGAGAAGGCCGGCUGCGAUGAGAUCUGGGAGAAAAUAUGCCAGGUCCAGGGUAAGGACCCAUCGGUGGACAUCACCCAAGAGCUGGUGGACGAGUCGGAGGAGGAGCGCUUCGACGACAUGUCAUCCCCGGGACUUGAACUGCCACCCUGUGAGCUGGGCCGCCUCGAGGAGCUCGCCGAGCUUGUGGCCUCCUCCCUGCCCUCGCCCCUGCGCCGCGAGAAACUCGCCCUGGCCGUGGAGAACGAGGGCUACAUUCGCAAGCUCCUGGAGCUCUUCCGCCAGUGCGAGGACCUGGAGAACGCGGACGGCCUCCACCACCUCUACGAGAUCGUCAAAGGCAUCUUCCUGCUGAACCGCACGGCACUGUUCGAGGUCAUGUUCUCCGAGGAGUGCAUCAUGGACGUGAUCGGCUGCCUGGAGCACGACCCGGCGCUGGGCGCGUCCCCGCGGCGGCACCGCGACUUCCUCACCAAGACGGCCCGCUUCAAGGAGGUGAUCCCGAUCGGCGACCCCGAGCUGCGCGCCAAGAUCCACCAGACAUACCGGGUGCAGUAUAUCCAGGACAUGGUGCUGCCCACGCCGUCCGUGUUCGAGGAGAACAUGCUCUCCACCCUGCACUCCUUCAUCUUCUUCAAUAAGGUGGAGAUUGUGGGCAUGCUGCAGGACGAUGAGAAGUUCCUGACAGACCUUUUUGCACAGCUCACAGACGAGGCCACAGACGACGACAAAAGACAUGAACUGGUAAAUUUCUUGAAAGAGUUCUGCUCCUUUUCCCAAACGUUACAACCUCAAAACAGAGACGCCUUCUUCAAGACGCUGUCAAACAUGGGCAUUCUCCCUGCACUAGAGGUUAUCCUGGGAAUGGAUGACGUCCAGGUACGCAGUGCGGCCACUGAUAUCUUCUCCUACCUGGUGGAGUACAGCCCCUCCAUGGUCCGAGAGUUCGUCAUGCAGGAGUGCCAGCAGAAUGACGACUCUCUUGUGUAUCUCCCUCCGUGUCUCUCCCAGGACAUCCUGCUGAUCAACCUGAUCAUCGAGCACAUGAUCUGUGACACGGACCCCGAGCUGGGUGGAGCCGUGCAGCUGAUGGGUCUGCUGCGCACCCUGGUCGACCCUGAGAACAUGCUGGCCACCGCCAAUAAAACGGAAAAAACCGAGUUCCUGAGCUUCUUCUACAAGCACUGCAUGCAUGUCCUGUCUGCUCCGCUGCUUGCCAACACCACGGAGGACAAACCCAGCAAAGAUGACUUCCAGACAUCUCAGCUGCUGGCUCUCAUCCUGGAACUGCUGACGUUCUGUGUGGAGCACCAUACCUACCACAUCAAGAACUACGUCAUCAACAAGGACAUCCUGCGCCGUGUCCUGGUGCUCACCGCAUCGCGGCACGCCUUCCUCGCCCUCUGUGCGCUGCGCUUCAUGCGGCGGAUCAUUGGCUUGAAGGACGAAUUCUACAACCGUUACAUCAUGAGGAACUUCCUGUUUGAGCCGGUGGUCAAGGCCUUCCUCAACAACGGCACGCGCUACAACCUCAUGAACUCCGCCAUCAUUGAGAUGUUCGAGUAUGUCCGCGUGGAGGAUGUGAAGUCUCUGACGGCGCAUAUAGUGGAGAACUACUGGAAGUCCCUGGAGGGCGUGGACUAUGUUCAGACCUUCAAAGGGCUGAAGCUGCGCUACGAGCAGCAGAAGGAGCGGCAGGACAACCCCAAACUGGACAGCAUGCGCUCCAUCCUGAGGAACCACCGGUUCCGCCGGGACGCGCGGACAUUGGACGACGACGAGGAGAUGUGGUUCAACGCGGACGAGGACGAGCUGGAGGACGGCGAGGCGGUGGUUCCACCCUCGGACAGUAAGGCCGGCAAGCCUGGCGGGGGCGCCGGCGAGGACGAAGACCUCAUGGACCCCAUCAGCAAGUUCAUGGAGAGGAAGAAACUGAAAGACUCUGAGGACAAGGACGUCCUGGGGAAGUCCAGUAGUUUGUCGGGGCGCCAGAGCCCCAGCUUCAAGCUCUCCUUCUCCAGCUCCACCACCAAGACGAGUCUGUCAAGCCCGCCCUCGUCUGCCUCGCUUCACCCCGGGUCGCCGGGUUCCCCCGGGUCGCCGGGGUCAGGGGCCAAGGGCAUGCCUCCGACGCCAGCGGCCGCCGCCGCCGCCGUCACCACAAAGGUGGGGCUGGUGGACUACCCCGAUGAUGACGACGAAGAUGAGGAGGACGUGGCCGGCGAGAGUAAAGACGAGAAUCCGCCCGUGCCCAAGAAGUCCAAGCUGAGCUCCUAAUCAAUAAAUGAAUAAACGUUAAUGUUGUUCCUCUCUCUCGCUCCGGGCGCCAGACUAUUCCGCACCGAUCCCACAUUUUAAGAAUCAAAACGGGAGCCAACAAAAGUGGUCUCGGAAAAACAAACGAAUGAACCCCACCCCCGUGGUUUUCAGCGGGGUGCCCUGUUGAGGGGUUCCCUGUUGAGGGGUUCCCUGUUGAGGGGUUCACUAUGAAUGGAACCAGAGAUCCUCCUCCUAAUCCCAAUGUACAAGUGCCAAUCGGGAGGCCACGGCGCAAGGAGCAAACUCAACCAUCGAGAGAGUGAAAGGCGAGGAGAAAAUACUGUUAGUGAUAUCGCCGUCAGAUUGAAGGGCCGGACUGGAUAUUUAUAACUCAACAAAGCUAAAAUACCGGGGGAAAUUACCACAUAAAUACACACACACACACAUUCAUAUACACUCACACACACACACACACACCGACACAGAACUAAAACCUCAAAGAGCUUGUGGGCUCGGACCAUGACCCCCUCCACUCAGGGAUGGACAUCACAGUGACCCAACAAAUUGGGUCUGGCCAAUCCAGACAGAACCACCACCGACCCCCCCACCCCCCCUCCACGCUGACUUCCUUUUUCCUCUUCUUCCGCCACUAUGAUUCCCCCCCCCCCUUCCCUGGUUUCAUUUUUGUUGUUUUUAAUGUAAUAUUUUUUUUAUUUUUUUUCGUUUUUAUUUGGUUUUUGGGACGUUUCUAGGACCAGACGGGAGAAGCACACAGCGACGAGGUGAAACGCCGGCGUUUGUUUUUCGUGUUAAUGAUGUCAUCAGUGUUGUUGUUGCUCAGUGGAAGUUCUUCCUCGAUAGAAAAAAAGCCAGCAGUUUCUUCUUUUUUGUUUUACUUAAUUUUUUUUUACUAGCUCUCUCUCUCUCUCUCUCUCUCUCUGUCUCUCUCUCUCUUCUGUUUUUGUAAUGGACAACAAAAGAGACCUGCCUUUACAUGUUCAGGACGUUUUGAGUCGCACUUGAACAGGUUUUUAAAGACCUCAGUAGGUUCAGCUAGUUUUACCCUUUUUUGCCCUUUGAAACUGCAGAUUUUUUGGAGAAAAAAAAAAUUUGUAAUCCCGUCUUGAUUAAAGAUUGAGUGGAAUUCUAGAUGUGA